GUACUUUCCAGAGGACGAACUUGGAAUUUUCGAAGGCAGCAUGGUCUUCUAUUUUAAAAGCAAUGGUAAGUCAAAUCUUGGACUGAAAAGCUUUAGUACAGGUGAUUUAUACCUAGAUGCUUAUUCUUUUAUUUUUGCAGUUGUCACGCCGCCAUACACGAUAUUUAUGGGCUUAGAUAAACAUGAAAGUGAGUGAACCAGAGGAAAUUUUUCUAAACCUUAUAUUAUGCUUGAAUUAAAACUUGUUACGCCAUUCCAAGACGUUAAGCAUUUAGUCUUUUUUCGUUAAAUAUGUGAACUGAUAAUUUAUUUAUUCAUUUAUUUAUUUAUUUAUUUACCAUAUAAGUCCAAAAUUAAAAAAAAAAAAAAAACAAUACAAAAGCAUUAGUUCACACUAAAAUUCUUAGCUAUCAGCCGCAGUGUACAGUAAGUAAAGUAAAAGCUUUAUUAAUGUGUCAAUCUAUUUAGUUUUCACAACUAACUGGGGACACAACAAAAAGAAAUUAAAGAAAUAAAAAAAUGUAUAUACAAUUAAAAUAUGUAGCAUGUAUAACUUGUACAAUAAAACAAUAGGGAAAUUAAAGGUUGUCUCUAAGAAUUGCAAAGGUAACAGCAGCCACAGCUACGUUUUUCCAGAAGAAAAAUAGGUUGGUUUGUUUAAUCACCAACUCGGUCCACAGGUAGCCAGUCAUUUAAUUUAAUACUCAAAUGGUUCCAGCAGCCUCCAGAUUCCAUGUAGAUUACCAAGGAUACAUUUAGUUCUACCUUCCAUUUGUAAUCUUUAUUCAAAUUGCCUUUACACCACGAGAUUCAUUUAUUUAUUUCUUUUAUUUCUUUUUGGAUAAUUUAGUUUUGGGUGUAGGACAUGCACUCCCUCGCUAGCUCCAUUCACUUGACUCGUUAAGUGCCUUAAAUUGUGUGUUAACCCUGACCAAGAAUUGCUGGCUUUUCUUUUUUAGUUAUAGUUUGCUUCACUUCUUUAAAAUUUUAGAUGAAGAGUUGAUUAAAUGGGGAUUUCCAGAAGAUGUUUGGUGAGAAUUAACUUCUUUGUGCAAAUUAUCAUUGCCUACAAUAAAUGUCUGUUGUUUUUUUCAUUGAAAAGUUUUGCUCUUCGUGUAACCAUCUGAUUUGUUAUUUAGGUUUCAUGUGGACAAAUUAUCAUCUGCUCAUGUUUACCUUCGAUUGCCACAGGUAACUGGAUCUUUUGUUAAUGGAUUAUUUUUUCUGGUGAUACUACUUUGCUCCUUUCCUUCUAUUUCUUUAAGUUCAAGGUUUCUAUUUUUUCAUUUGGGUUGCAUAUCCUAAUGCUGGUAACUGCCAUGAAUUUGCAUGUAAGAAUUUUCACAAACCUUCAUUUUUUUUUGACUGCUCAUUACUUGUUGAGUUGAGGUUAGAACUAUGGCAAGAGAUAAAGACAUUAAGAGGCUGUUUACUUGGAGGAAUGAACAUCCUUUUACCGGGAAGAUCCCAGAAGGCAGAUCAUCCUAGCACCAUAUGUUUUCUGCAUUCAGUUUACAUGCAAAGGGUUAAACUUGUCCCUAGCGCUAGGAACUACUUCCUAACUAGUACUAGGAUCUUCCCAGAUGAAAGGGUGGAAGACCCUAGAGUGAGGAAGAUCUUACAGGUGUAUGUAAUCUGCUUUCGUUAGAAAAUCCUAGCACUAGGGACAAACCAGACAAAAGUGGUGGUGGGUUCUUCAGUGGGUAAUCAUGGCAUUAAAGACCAACAAUUCAUUUGGCAUCACGGAGUUGUAAAUAACUGCUAGUUGCUGCUGAAAGGCUGGUAAUGAGGGCAGAAGGGCCCAAAUUGCAUGCUCGUUAUUGUUGCCUGCUAUUUUUAAUUCCUUCUCUACUUAGUGACCACACAGACCAAAAUUCCUGCAUGUAAACCCAACAAAAAGUUGUUCCAGCUUCUAGGAUCUCCCUGGUUUUGGGAUCUUCUUCCCUCCAUGUAAACAGCCCCUAAUACUAACCCUUUAAGCCGCAAGAUCCACAUUCAAAUCUCCAGACUGAUCUCCAUACAUUUCUUUUAAGAACAGUUGAGAGAAUUUGGUUUAAGAGCAAAGUGCUCUCCCUUUGGUUAUCAAUUAAGUAAUUCUCAUAACCUUUACUCUUGAUGAGCUGCUGAUGUUGUUAGGAGAAAAUUGAUGUUGGUCACUCUUGGGAACUAAAGGGUUAAAGAUUUUAUUUUAGGGUGAAACACUGGAUGAUAUUCCUUCUGCAGUGUUGACAGAUUGUGCACAGCUGGUUAAAGCCAACAGUAUUCAAGGUGACAAUAUGUUCUCUUAUAAAGUGAUUAAUAGAAAAAAAAUAUUGCUGUCAGUAUAGCUCAAAUGCUCACCAAUCAAAUGAAUCAUAAUUCAAUAAACAUUAAUGCUUAAAUAAUUAUUUUAUUAUAGGAAACAAGAUGAACAACAUUGCCGUUGUAUACACUCUUUGGUCAAACUUAAAAAAGACAGCUGAUAUGGAAGUUGGACAAGUGGGUUUUCACAGUAACAAAGAGGUAAUGAAAAAGAUAGCAUCUUAUAAAGGUGCAUUUGUGACAUUAAUAUUGAGCAUACAGUUGAUGUAAUAAUUAUUAUAGGUUCAUUCAUUUUUUAAGGUCUCUUUUUGUUGUAUUAAAUCCUUUUAUCUUGUUGUCAGGUUCGUCUUAUUAAGGUUGAAAAAAGGAUAAAUGAAAUAGUAAAUAGACUAAACAAGACAAAGGAAGAAAAGUUUCCAAACUUGCGGGAAGAAAGAGAAGAGAGGGAUCGACUGGAAAGAGAAGAUGGUAAACAGAAGUUAAGAGAACAGGUAAAGUUAGAGAGGUGAAAAAAAUGAACAAAGGAACAUUCUUGUAAUGGUGCUACAGUAUUUUAUAAACUUCUGGAAUUUUUUCUCCACAAGAUUGAUCAGCGGGUAACAUGUUGAAGAUGUAGUGUGUUUCAUAGGUUGUGGAUUGGUACCACAUAGGAUACAAAAACUUGAAAACGGGGAAUUGUAAGAGUUGUUCAAAUGUUCAGCGAUAAAAUACCUAUCAAGUGAGAGAACAAUAAUAAUAAUAAUAAUAAUAAUAAUAAAUAAUCAAAUUAUUAUUGGUAUUAUUACUAUGCUUUAACUUUUUUAUUUUUGGUCUUCUUUGUGAUGACAGAAACAAAGGGAAAAAGAAGAAGAAAAGAGAAGAAAGGAAGAAGCUGCAUUAAGGUAAAGAUUAAAGUGUGUUGCAUCCACCUCUUUGGUUAUUGUAGGAAGAAAAUCAGUUGUUUGAACCUCAUACUAUUAUUAUUGGGCUCCUAUAGACAUUCAUUGAACAACAAGGAUUGCCUUAAGGGUUGAUAGUGUGAAGCAGCUGUAGAUUAUGCAUGCAUAGGGAAGGUAAUCCUGCAAGCCAUCAACACCUGUAUGUACAAUCGCACUGAAAGUCAGUUGACACUACUCACCAGAUAGAGGGAGUGGGUUGGCAGAAAAAGGAAAACUCCUUGAAAUAGGUAGGCAAUGGUUGUGUACCAUUUACCAGUACAUGGGCAAACCAGUCGGUUCACAGUUUGGGUAAAUGGUAAGAAAAAAUUCAGGACUGGUAACUUUCCUCCUGGGAUCACAUUUUAACGUUUGCACAAAUCAGUUCCUUUUAUGGAAAAAAAGGCCGUGAAAGCCUGAAGUAUCAAAGAUGGCUUUGAAGAAUUGAACACAAAUUUUUGUUUGAAACAUUCCUAUCAGAAAAACAGGACAACCUUUUCAGAUGUUUCAUUACUCCUGGAAUUCUCUACCAAGACGACCUGAAAAGUUGUGUUUCAUUUUGUUUCCAACCGGUUUUCUGAAAAAUUUUUCAUUUUUAUGGUAAACAACCAAUGUUACCUUACUGGCAGACUACCGAGUGAAUGCAAUAUGCAAGCCAAGAUGAGCCCUGUAAAAUGUAUGAAGGUGAUCCUAUGAAGGCCACCCUCAUUUGUCACCCUUAAACAGGAUUGCUUUAAUUUAUUUCAACAUUGCCUAAAUUCCUUUUAGCUAGAUGCCCAGCACCAUAUACACACGUACUAUAAGGAUAUGGCACUGAUUGUGAGUCUUCUAACAAGCCUGGAUCACUUGGUUUUUAUUAAACAGUUGACUGUAUGAUUGUAAGCCUGCACCAGGCUCUCAGUCAGUGUAGUCAGGCAAAAAAAAAAGUGUCUCCCUGGCCCUUGAACGUUUUCGCACUUUUUUCUUUGAUUGGUUUUUCACACUAUCUUGGAGCCUAGAACAGGCUAUGUGGUCAUUUAGAAUGGUAUCAUGUUCAAAAUGUACUAUUGUUACAGACUUGAUGAAUAAUCUCUCUGGCUUUGAAUUAUUUUGCAGAAGCUAUGACUCUCUAAUGGAUUCAAGUAAAAUGAAGUCUAACAAGGUACUUGAAGUUUUGGGCUUUUUAUUGGACAAACAUACAGGAAUUGAUGCAGAUAAUAUAUUGCUUGAUAAAAAUAAUUAAUUACUGACAAUAUCUGACAAGCCCCUGACCCUGUAUUGGCUUUUUUUUAAAACAAUCACUCCAUGAAUGGAUGACUGAAAAGGUGAAUAACUGGGCAAAUUAUUCUCUUGUUCAUGUAUGACUGUCUUCUGGUUCACCCCGUUGAACUUGGAGUCAAAUACUGCUAUGUACCAAGAAACUACAAAUGUUUCUCACGGCUGUUACCUGAGCUGCAAAACUGGUAUGAAUUAUUAAAAGUCGAAUUAAGUGGUGGAGGACCAAGUGAAAUAUCUUCUGCUUCUGCUACCUACUAAAGUAGUGUUUGCACCAACUUUGAGCUUUUGAAGUGGCUGACAUACAUGUUGUGGUUCAAAUUUUUUCUUUGGUUUGAAUUUUUUAAACCUGUUUAAAUUUUUCAAACUGGUUUGAAAUUUUUAAACACACAACUCAUUGUCAUUUAUUUGUACCUUGAAGAGUUUUAAAAACUCUUCAAGGUGCGUUUUGUUUUCAUGAAUUUUGCCUCCCAUCACAAACAAUUUUCAAAAAAUACUUCAAAAAAUUUUUUAUGGAAAAGGAAAAGGUUUUUGCUGUCAGUGUGGUGCGUUAUCUAAUGUUUACUUGUUAUUUUAUAGGAUGCUGAAUCAGAUGAGGAUGAUUUUAUGUGA